AUGCCUCCACCACCUCCCCCCCCUCCUCCACCGCCACCGUUGUUAGCUUCUUCUAAUGCAGGGGAUAGUAAGCCUAUGUCUAAAGAUUUGCUUAGUGAUAUUGCGAAAGGAGCUCGGCUCAAAAAGGUACAAACGAAUGACAGAUCCAGUCCCUUAAUAGACGCAUCAAAAAAAAGCUCGGGCGCGAUCAACUCUGCUCCAGGACCCUCUGGUGGUUCUUCGAGACCUGCAAUGAGUACUCCUUCUAUGGGAGGUUUAUUUGCUAAUGGAGUUCCUUCUAAACCUAGUGAUAAUAAAAGAGCUGCCAAAAUGGCUUGCGCGCCAUCAGCACCUGUCUCAGCUCCAGUCCCCCCUCCACCCCCUCCUGCUACUUCCCAAUAUCAAGCACAGGCUGCUCCUCCACCUCCACCUCCUCCUCCCGCUCCUGCUCCUGCAGUUAAUCAAUCUGCUCAAAUAACACAUGCUCCUCCCGUUCCAUCAGCAAAGAAACCUACGUUCGGUGGUGGCGCGAAUGUUAACAAUGUGGCUCCACCAGUAGUAACUUCAGCAGUUUCAGAUUCUAGAAAGAAAUUUGAGGAGACUGGAACUCCUCUUAGAAAUCCAGGAAGGCCGACUGCUGCUCCACCAACGAGGCCUCAUGCCCCACCACCACCACCACCAGCGGCGGUUCGCCAAGAUUAUUCUACACAAAUAAAUCGAAUAGAUAAGGGUCCAAAAAUUUCUGGCGAACCGGCGCCUGCACCUCCACCAAGAGGAACUUCACGAGCAAUAGCUCCUGCUAUACCCGCCUUCCCAUCCGCGAAUUCAAGUUCUAUAAAUACAAUCCCACAACAGUCAUAUAAUAAUGAAUAUAAAGAUCCUUUAGAUAGAUUUAAAUUUUUACCAAUUUCUAAGUUGCCAGCCCCGCCGCAAAGAAGUAGAGCUUUUUAA